AUGUCUACGGAAGAGCAGAAUGGUGUUCCUCUGCAAAGAGGAUCAGAAUUCAUUGCAGACGAUGUAACCUCGAACAAAUCCAACAACACGAGGCGGAUGCUGGUGAAAGAGUACAGGAAAAUCGGUAGAGGUGCCUUUGGGACUGUUGUACAAGCAUAUUUAACCCAGGAUAAAAAGAACUGGCUGGGUCCCUUUGCCAUUAAAAAAGUCCCUGCUCAUACCGAGUAUAAAUCCAGGGAAUUGCAGAUCCUGAGGAUUGCCGACCAUCCAAAUAUCGUUAAAUUGCAGUACUUCUUUACCCAUUUGUCCCCGCAGGAUAAUAAAGUUUAUCAACACCUUGCCAUGGAAUGCUUACCAGAAACUCUACAAAUUGAGAUUAACCGCUAUGUGACGAACAAACUAGAAAUGCCAUUAAAACAUAUCAGACUGUACACUUAUCAGAUUGCCCGCGGGAUGCUUUAUUUACACGGUCUUGGCGUUUGUCAUCGUGAUAUCAAACCUUCCAAUGUCCUUGUAGACCCGGAAACCGGUGUCUUGAAAAUCUGCGAUUUUGGUUCUGCCAAAAAAUUGGAACAUAACCAACCUUCAAUUAGUUACAUCUGUUCAAGGUUUUAUAGAGCGCCUGAAUUGAUCAUCGGUUGUACCCAAUAUACCACUCAGAUCGAUAUAUGGGGGCUUGGAUGUGUCAUGGGCGAAAUGCUUAUUGGCAAAGCCAUAUUCCAAGGUCAAGAGCCCCUUUUACAGCUAAGGGAAAUUGCUAAAUUGUUGGGUCCUCCUGAUAAAAGAUUCAUUUUCUUUUCAAAUCCAGCCUACGAUGGCCCUCUGUUCUCCAAACCACUAUUUUCCGGCUCUUCGCAACAGAGAUUCGAGAAAUACUUUGGCCAUUCUGGUCCAGACGGUAUCGAUCUUUUAAUGAAAAUACUGGUCUAUGAGCCACAACAAAGAUUGUCUCCAAGAAGGAUCCUUGCCCAUCAAUUCUUCGAUGAAUUAAGGAAGGACGGCACUUUCUUGCCAAGAGGUUACACCGACCCAAUCAAAUUACCAAAUUUGUUUGAUUUUAAUGAUUUUGAGUUACAAAUCCUGGGUGAAUUUGCGGAUAAAAUUAAACCUAAGGAAGUUACUGAAUAG